GUAAAUGCUAAUGUCUGACUGUGGGACACUAUGGACAGCAUUAAGUCUAUGUUUUCUCUCCGGACCAAAGCUGAAACAAUAAUCCAUUUGGGACGUCACAUCCCACUCAGCGUCGAUGCAUAGUUCACUUCUGAUCUCAGUCCAUGAGCAGACAGACCCUCAAAAACCAACAGUCAGGGCUGGGAGCAAGUAAGGCAAGACAUUUUUUCAUUUAUUUUAAAGUAAUUUAAGAGGCCAGGAAUCAGCCCAAGACUCUCAACAUGAAUGUUAAACAGCCCUGCAUCUUUCUCAGAGGAGGAGGAAAGAGGAGACAACCGAGACGUCUCACCCAGGAAGAGAUAGAUGAGCUACGAGAGGCUUUUGUGGAGUUUGACAAAGACAGGGACGGCUACAUAACCUGUAAAGACUUGGGGAACCUGAUGAGAACGAUGGGUUACAUGCCGACUGAAAUGGAACUAAUUCAACUGAGCCAAACCAUUAACAUGAACCUGGGCGGACGAGUGGACUUUGAAGAUUUCGUGGAUUUAAUGACCCCCAAACUUUUAGAUGAAACUGCUGGGAUGAUCGGCUUGAAAGAACUCAAAGAUGCUUUCAGAGAGUUUGACAUAGACGGUGAUGGCGCCAUCACGUCUGAGGAGCUGAGAUUUGUCAUGGAGAAGCUGUUGGGAGACUUUACCAGCAAACGUGAGAUCGACGAAGUGGUCCGGGAAGUUGACAACAACGGAGACGGGAAAGUUGACUUUGAGGAAUUUGUGAUCAUGAUGUCAAAGAAAUGAGGAAAACCAAAGAGAACCAGAGAAGAACAAUGAAAUGAUGCUGAAUCAUGAACAGCAAAUGGGUUGAUCCCUUAAUUUUUCAAAUGAGGGCUCUUAGAAAAAUACUGUUUAGGAUUUUAGGUUUUAAAGUAUUUUCAAUAAUCUUUUUUUACCUUUCCUGAUCAUAAUCUGUCCAAGUCCAUGAGCACUGAUGAUAAUUUUUGUUAAUUGUUAAAAAAGAAAAUAAGUCAUGUGACUUUUGUGCAGGAAAAGAUGGUGACAUUUCUGAUGUCAGUAAUAAUAAAGACCAUGUUCACUCGUUGUUUCAUACAUUUGCAGGCGUCUGUAGUGUUAAUGGAUGCUUUGUGAGUUAAUCUCUGUGGGUAAAAAAGCUCUGGUACUCCUGUUUCAGGAGGUAGAAGUUAGUCGGAGGAGAGGAGAAAAGUACUUGCCAGGAUUUGGAGUCUUAUUUCCAGAAAUUUGAACAUCUCACCUCUGAUUGACUGACAGCAACACAACUCUUCCACUGCCACCAUUCGCUCUUUUACAUUGAUGUUUUUUCUCCAUGAGUAAAACAAGCCUGAAGGAGUUCUGCCAUAUUGUGGUGUUGCUAAUGCUAAUGGUUAUUUUCUACUAGUGAAGUCAUUCUCGUUUCUCUCCGAUGCUAAAUCAGCAACAGCCUUGCUAAUGCUAACUUUCAAUGUGACUUGCAAUUGAUUGACCUCUCUUAUCCGUGUGUUUCCCCAUCUGUUUUCUUUCAUGGCUGCUGCAGGAAAUAGGGGUAGAAGAACAUUUUCAUGUUCAGCAUGAAAACGGUUACUCAGUGAACUUGGUCUUGAAAUGGCAGAAAUGAUGUGAAUGCUCUGAAAAGGCAACUAGAGCUUUAUAAACCAAAGGAGACCAAACACAGACGUUGGCAUUUAGAUCAUUAUUAUUAUAUUACAUUAUUAGUGAGGGUGAGUGAGCUACAGACAGAAAGCUGCCUCAAAAAGAAGUUUUGUUUUUCUAAUGCAAUUGUUCCUUUGAUUUUCCCAUGUAUGUAUUAUUAGGUGAACUGGUUAUUCUUAUCAUAAAACAACUCUAGUCUUUGACCCUUUAGAGAGACUCUGUGUAAUAAGAUACUGUUGUUUCUACAUUGUUGUGAGACUUUAGCUGAUUCUCAAUUGCUGCACCUGGUUAUGAGCUGUAGGUAUUUGUCUGGUUACUAAAUUAUGUGAUGGACUGAAAUUUUACAUGAAUGUUGUAUAAUUCAUGUUGCAUUUGUACAAACAUCAAAUUAUUUCUUAUGUAAGGAGCUAAAGCACACUGAUCAGUUCAAGAGUUGAGUUCAAUUGGUAGUUUUAAUUGGUUAAUUGAAUAACCAAAGAAUUUUGCACACCUGUUUAAUUUUAAGUCUCACUAGUCAUUAUCACACUGGUGAAAUUACAUUUCUACAUUCAAACCAUCCCCAUGGGGGUGGUGAGCGUUCAGGAACUAUUUGGUAGUUUAACCCCCCAAUUCCACCUCUUAAAGCUGUGUGUCAAGCAGGGAGGCAUUGGGUCCCAUUUUUUAAAGGUGUGGUUUAAAAAUUUAUUCAACACAUUUGUAGUGUUCUCUAGUGUAAAUGAAUGCCUUAUGAGUCAUUUAAAAAGAGAAAAGCCAUGAUGCUCCUGU